AUGAAGCCCUUUGCAUGCGCCCGGUACCCGUCCAGCCCCACACCGCAACCAGGGCUGCCAGUGCGAGCUGAGACAGCAGCAGCAGCAGCAGCAGCAACAGCAGCAGCAGCAGCAGCAGCAGCACCAGCAGCAGCAGCAGCAGGAGCAGGAGGAGGAGACACUGUUGUAGGUGCACAAUAUACAGCUGUUGAGGAGGAGGAGGAGCAGCAGCAGCAGCAGCAACUGCUGUAG